GAAAGAAAAAGCUGCUUUUGGAGGUCCGCUCAAAACUCAGCUGUCUGGCCUGUUCCCCUUCUCCCGCAACACUCUCAGUUUCCCUCUGAAUUCUCAGGCGGAUUCCUCUCUCUUAUCUUCUACAUACCUGCCAGCAACCCCACCCCCCAGAACAGGUCGUCAGAAUGGCAAAGACAGGGAAGGAAGAGCGCGCCGCGAAGAAAGCCGACAGGGCUGCAAAGAAGCUCCAGAAGGAUGUCGCAAGCGGGAAGGUCGACGAGACCGCCAACAAGCUCAACGACAUGGCUCUCGAAACCAACAGGGUCACCUCCGGUGUCCUCACCUCCCACAAGGACUCUAGGGACAUCAAGAUCGAGCAGUACUCCCUCAGCUUCUACUCCCAGGUGCUCGUCAACGACACUACCAUCGAGUUGAACUUUGGUCGAAGGUACGCUCUUAUCGGACCUAACGGUUCCGGCAAGAGUACCUUUCUGCAGUCCCUGGCUGCUCGUGAAGUGCCUAUCCCCGAACACAUCGAUAUCUACCUGUUGAACUCCGAGUACCCACCAACGGAGAUGACCGCUUUGAAGGCCGUCAUUGACGAUGCUGAGAAGGAGCUCAAGCGUUUGGAGCAGUUGAUGGAGAACAUGCUAGCCGAGACGCCCGACUCCCCAUUGUUGGACGACAUCAUGGAGCGUAUCGAGAGCAUGGACGCCGCGACCUUCGAGCCCCGCGCCGCUUCCAUCCUUCACGGUCUUGGAUUCGAUGAUGUCCGCAUGAAACUGGCCACCAAGGAUCUUUCCGGAGGAUGGCGUAUGCGUGUCGCCUUGGCGCGCGCUCUGUUCGUCAAGCCCACCAUGUUGUUGCUCGACGAGCCCACAAAUCACUUGGACCUGGGUGCCUGUGUGUGGUUAGAGGAGUACCUCGCUCAGUACGACCGUAUCCUUCUCCUCGUCUCCCACUCCCAAGACUUCAUGAACGGAGUCUGCACGAACGUCAUCGACCUGAACCCCAAAAAGCAGCUGGUGUACUACACCGGUAACUACGACUCUUACGUCAAGACGAAGGAGGAAUUGGAGGUCAACCAGAUGAAGGCGUACGAGAAGCAGCAGGAGGAAAUCGCGCACAUCAAGCAGUUCAUUGCGUCCUGCGGUACCUACGCGAACUUGGUGCGACAAGCAAAGUCUCGCCAGAAGAUUCUCGACAAGAUGGAGGCGGACGGUCUGAUCGAGAAGGUGGAGAAACCCGCUGCAUUCGCAUUCAAGUUCGAAUCCGCCGGCCCUCUCCCACCACCGGUCCUGUCCUUCUCCGACAUGUCCUUCGCCUACAACGGCAACCUCAAGGACGCCAUCUACAGGCACCUCGAGUUCGGCGCCGACACCGAGUCCCGAAUCGCCCUGGUCGGCCCUAACGGUGCCGGCAAGUCCACCCUCCUCAAGCUUAUGAGCGGCGAGCUCUCUGCAACAGAGGGUUCCAUCUCCCGUCACACGCACCUGAAGAUUGGAAAGUACUCUCAGCACUCUGCCGACCAGCUCGACCUCACCAUCAGCGCCAUCGACUACCUCCGCCGCAAGUUCCCGGAAAUGCCCCAGGACCUUCCCACAUGGCGGUCCCACAUUGGAAGGUUUGGUCUCACCGGCGCAUCCCAGCUGUGUCCCAUCGGACAGUUGUCGGACGGCCAACGUGCGCGUAUCGUCUUCUGUGAACUGUCCCUGCAACGGCCCAACAUGCUGUUGUUGGACGAACCGACCAACCCGCUGGAUAUCGAGACUAUCGACUCGUUGGCGGCGGCUAUCAAGCAGUUCGAGGGUGGUGUCGUGCUUGUGUCUCACGAUUUCAGGUUGAUUAGUCAGGUUGCUGAGCAAAUCUGGGUCUGCGAAAACGGCUCCAUGCGCCUCUGGCAAGGCUCCAUUUCCGAGUACAAGGCCGCCCUCCGCAAGGAGGUCACAAAGAACAUGAUCAAAAUCUAGAAAUGCUUCGUUGUCACACCAUCUAGAGGUCUUAAUUUAACUACGGAUUUGAUCCCCCGGGCCCCCUAUGUACAUAUAUAUGAUAGCUCGCGGGACGCGGCUGUAGGAGGGAUAGAGGUGGCCCCGACCGCCUUUUCUCUCUCUCCCCGGCCUUUUUGAUAGAUCGCGCUGGCGGGGCGCGAGGGCUUAGGUACUUUUGUUUGUGCUUUUCGUUCCGAUUUUUACUUUAUUUGGAAAUCAUAUGUGGUUUAUAUGCUU